AUGAGCAGCAACACAGCAAAACAGGCUAUUGAGUCUACGACUUCAACAGUCUUCAAAAAUAAAGAGCUGAUCAGGAUUGUGAUGGUGGGGAAGACUGGAGCUGGGAAGAGCGCCACAGGAAACACGAUUCUGGGACAAAAGUGCUUUAAAUCUGAGUUCUGCCCUCAAUCUUUGACUACAGAAUGUGAAAAGGCUGAUGGUUGUGAAAAGGUUUCUGUUAUCGACACUCCAGGUCUGUUUGACAACAGAUACACUGAAGAGAAAACAGUAAAAGAUAUUGUCCAGUGCAUUUCUUAUGCUUCUCCUGGACCGCAUAUCUUCCUGGUCAUCAUCAGACUGGGCACAUACACAGAUGAAGAAAAGCAAACAGUGGAGAAGAUUCAGGAAAUCUUUGGUGAGGAAGCCAACAAAUACAGCAUGAUUCUCUUUACCCAUGGUGACCUGCUCAAAGAGAAAUCUAUUGAGGAGUUCUUGAAGGAAAGUGAAGAUCUGCGGGAACUUGUGAACAAAUGUAACGGUCAGUAUCACGUGUUCAAUAAUGAGUUGGAGGAUCGUUCUCAGGUCAGUGAGCUGCUCAAGAAGAUCAGAAAUAUAAAUAUGCUGAAUGGAGGAAGCUACUACACCACUGACAUGUUCCGAAGGGUAGAAAGAGAUAUUGAAGAGGCGAAAAAAAGAAUCUUAAAAGAAAAAGAAGAGGAACACAAGCAAGAGUUGAUGAAACUGAGGAAGGAAAUAGAGGAAAAGUAUGAGCAACAGAUGAGUAAGGAGAGGGCUGACAGUAAUGCUCGUGAAAGAGAACUGCAGGAGGAAAUAGACAAAUUGAAAAACAAACAGGUAGAGCAGGCCAGACGAGAAGCUGAGAAAAAGUCCACAAUGAUCCAUUGGUUAUUUGUAGAAGCUGUUAAAGUUGCUAAAAAACUUUUCACAUUGUGA